AAUUGUGUAAGGGAGAUAAAAGGCAACUAAGUGACACAGCCAAUUUAAUUUUCUUAUAAGUUCUCUGCUGCCAACUCACAAUAGGAAUCAAGAGGCAUGGGAGUAGAAGAGAAACCAUAGACGUGAUACAGGCAAAAGCUGGUGUGUGUAACUCACUAGAGAGGGAGCUCUUUCUCUCUCGAGUGAGUGUCGGGCACACAACUAGUAAUACAAACCGGUUGCUAACGCUAGGUAGCUAGGCUUCUUACUUGUUAGCUACAAUGUCCACAAUAGUACACAAGAAUAUGUGAGGAUUGUUUCCAUGUUAUGGUGUCGGACAUUAGGGGCCUCAUGCCAUCCUGGAGUUUUCCUGUUGUGACUAAAUUGAACAGAAGGAACGAACCCCCUGUUAACGCCCUCAGGUCCUCCAGUGCCCUAAACCGAAGUUACAGACGCGACAACCGCUGCAAUAACGACAUCUGGCGAACGUGGUGUUGGUGAUAAUGUCAGGAGUGUGCGGUUGUUGCUGUGGGGCAUUCAGGCCCCGUUACAAAAGGCUUGUGGACAACAUUUUUCCGGAAGACCCAGAGGACGGCUUGGUGAAGGCCAACAUGGAGAAGCUGACCUUCUAUGCUCUGUCAGCCCCCGAGAAGCUGGACCGAAUAGGUGCCUACCUGUCUGAGAGACUGUGUCGUGACGUAGCCAGACACAGAUAUGGUUACGUGUGCAUUGCUAUGGAGGCUCUGGAUCAGCUCUUGAUGGCGUGCCACUGUCAGAGCAUUAACCUGUUCGUGGAGAGUUUCCUGAAGAUGGUGCGUAAGCUGCUGGAGGCUGACAAGCCCAACCUGCAGAUACUGGGAACCAACUCUUUCGUGAAGUUUGCCAACAUCGAGGAGGACACUCCUUCAUACCACCGGAGUUAUGAUUUCUUUGUGUCCCGCUUUAGUGAGAUGUGCCACUCCAACUACGAGGAUCCAGACAUCCGCACCAAGAUCCGUAUGGCUGGAAUUAAAGGACUCCAGGGGGUGGUGAGGAAGACAGUCAAUGACGAACUGCAGGCAAAUAUCUGGGACCCUCAGCACAUGGACAAGAUUGUUCCGUCUCUUCUUUUCAACCUGCAGUCUGGAGAAGGCACAGAGAGUCGCUCCCCCUCUCCUCUGCAGGCCAGUGAGAAGGAGAAAGAGAGCCCAGCCGAGCUUACUGAGCGCUGUUUCCGUGAGCUCCUGGGCCGCGCUGCCUACGGCAAUAUCAAGAACGCAGUCACGCCCGUCCUUAUGCACCUUGAUAAUCACUCUCUGUGGGAGGGGAAAACAUUUGCGGUGCGCUGCUUUAAGAUCAUCAUGUACUCUAUUCAGUCACAGCACUCUCACCUGGUUAUCCAGCAACUCCUGGGUCACCUGGAUGCCAACAGCAAGACCUCGGCCACGGUGCGUGCUGGGAUAGUGGAGGUCCUUCUGGAAGCCGCUGCUAUCGCAGCCAGUGGCUCUGUCGGCCCCACAGUGCUGGAGGUGUUCAACACUUUGCUCAGACACCUGAAGCUCAGUGUGGACUAUGAGCUCACUGGCUCUUAUGACUGCACUGCCAUGGGCUCUAAGACCAUCAACAAGCACGAAGAGCGUCAGCUCCAGGAGGCUGUCAUCAGGACCAUAGGUUCCUUUGCCAACACUUUGCCUACAUACCAGCGCUCCGAGGUGAUGCUGUUCAUCAUGGGGAAAGUUCCAAUCCCAGGCUUGCACCCAACACUACCACCCUCAGGUUCUGGGUUGGAGGCCUACAGGAUGAUCCAGGUCAUGUUGUUGAAGUCUCUGAGACAGGUUACAUGUGGUUUCCAGAGCACGAACAUGCUCACAGCUAUGCCCACCUCCUUCCUGGACCCACUGCUGUCUUUUGCCCUGCUGGAGGAUGCCCACAUCCGUCUGCUCGUCCUCGAGAUCCUCGUCAGCCUCAUCGAUCGCCACAGCAACCUCCCUAAGUUCUCCACAAUCAGCAUCAUCUCAGAUAUCUCUGUGCUCAAAUUAAAAAUGGAGAAGUGCUCCCGUCAGGACAACCUCUUUAUGAAGAAGCAUGCUCAACAGCUAUACAGGCACAUCUACCUGUCAUGUAAGGAGCAUAGCAGCGUUCAGGUGCACUAUGAGAUGCUCUACUCCCUCCUGGCUCUUGUCAGCAUGGAGCUGGCCAACGAGGAGGUCGUGGUGGACCUCAUCCGCCUGUCCCUGGCCCUGCAGGACCUGGCCCUGGCCAGUGAGGAGACAUUGCCUGUGUACAACCGCUGUGCCGUUCACGCCCUCGCCGCAGCCUACCUCAACCUCAUCUGCCAGCUCACCAGCGUGCCCACGUUCUGCCAGCACAUCCACGAGGUGCUAGAGAUGAGGCAAAAGGAGUCCCCGUUUCUUUUGCCUGAGGAUGUCUUCACUGAAGAGCCUAAGGUCCCUGAGAUACUGGAGAGGCCAGGAGUGGAGCUGCUGUUCCAGCAGGUGAAGAUCACAGAGGUCCUGGGAGUCAGCGGCUAUAACGCAGAGAGGCUGGCUAUACCUUACACACCCCAGUUUACAGAUGAAGACCGUCUGUCCAAAAGGAAGAGUGUUGGAGAAACGAUCUCCCUGCAGGUGGAAGUGGAGUCCAGAAACAGUCCUGAGAAAGAGGAGAGAACACCAGCUGAGGAAAUUACUUUCGAAGCCCUGAAGAAUGCUAUAGUGGACAGCGUGGGGCUGGAGGAGCAGGAGAGAGAGCGGAGGAGACAGGUGGUGGAGAAGUUCCAGAAAGCUCCCUUUGAGGAGAUUGCCGCCCACUGCGGCGCCAGGGCUACCAUGCUACAGAACAAACUCAGUCAAAUCUUCGAAAUCACAAUCAGGCCCCCUCCCAGCCCAUCUGGGACUAUCACAGCAGGUUACGGUCAAACGCAGAGUCGCUCUGUUCCUGUCUACGAGAUGAAGUUCCCAGACCUGUGUGUGUAUUAGCACAGCAGCUAUCGGAAGCUAUGAAGGAAGAAAAAGGAUUAAAGAAUAUGAGAUGGACAAGUCUGUGGCUUUAUUUCUUCGGUGACAAGUACAGGGAGGAUGGCAUGGGCACGUGGCGUCUCCUUCGUGCUGUCUUGCUCGUCUCUCGACUAGCAGAGGCAAACCUUGCAGCAUUCUCCCCGUCUGCACUGUGACUGCUGACAAAGUAAUGACGCCAGCACGAACGUGGGCUCUUUAGAGACCCAGCAGCAGCCUCUGCUAGGCCUUGUGAGAACAUAACUGAUAUUGUGUGAAGAGUUUUAUCAUCAUCUCUGAUGGGUAGAGUCUGUCUUUUGU